AGGUUUUGCUUAGAUGCAUUUAGCGUCAAAAUGGAGUCGUUUGUUGACAACCAAAAUUUAUGAGGAGACACGUCAAUUUAACGAAUUCGAACUCAUGGCAGUGGAACAACAGACACAUCCUGCAUUUACUGCAUUUGAAAAACAACUUAAAACACUUUGCUUGAGGGAAUUCCCUUGUGGUCCUGGGACAUGGCGGGAAACUCCACCAGGAAAGCUGAAAACUUUAAAGAGUUCUUUGAAAGUUGAAAGCAAAUACUCAGUGACUCUUAAAGAUUAUGGUGCUCAGCAUGAGAAAACUGAAACAUUGGAAGAAUAUGUUGGUUCAGCAAAGUCUCCAUGGCAUUUAGAUUACAGCUGGUCCCAGGAGGCCAGACAGCUCCGUGAAAUUUCUGUCAAAUCCCCGUGGCUCAUUGAUGAUAAUUUUGUACUUAGUUACUUCAAAACUCUGAGGAUUGUUGGUAAAAAUGUUACAUACAUUGAUUCCAACUUAUUAAAGUUCAAGAACCUUGAAGAGCUCACACUAAGUUGUAACCUCAUAUCUGAAAUAGAUUCAAGAUGUUUGCCAUCAAAUCUCAAGGUUUUGGAAGCAUGUGCAAAUGAAGUAAGUGAUCUGUCUUCACUUUGUGCGAAACCACCAAAACUGAUACACCUUGGACUGGGCUACAACAAACUCUCAUUCAUUGGUGAUUAUUUGACUGGACAAUAUUGGCCACAGCUGCUUUCACUGGACCUGAGCAACAAUAAUUUGAGUGAUCUUUUGGAUGUUGUUCGUAAACUUAGCUCACUUCCAAAGUUGAGAAAUCUUGUGCUCCAAGGAAAUCCACUAUCACUGAUACCUGGUUACCGUGGUUACACUGUUGACAGUCUACGGAAACUGAGUAUACUUGAUGACAUCAUGAUAUCUGCAGAUGAACGACACUAUUUUAAAGGCUUGGCUAGAAGAAGAGAGCAUAUUUUGGAUGAAGCUAAAGUUCUGCUGAGUGUUAGCUAUAUCAAAGGUAUACCUGUGCCAGAUGAAAUCAAGAAUCCUGAAGACCAGCCAGAGUUCCCUGUGAUAGAAAGAAAAUAUUUUGUACAAUUUAUGUUUCUGGAAGACCAAACUUUGAAGUUUGAAGGUCAGCACAUGGCUAGAGAGGAUGAACUGGGAGAAAUCACUGAAAUCUCAGGAUAUCCCACAGACAGAACAGAGCUAACUGAGACUGCUGAGAUGCAGUCAACUGUUGGAGACCCCACAUUGGUAGAGAAGAAUGUCCUGUUUACACAGGAGCCACAUGUCACACAUACCAUUGAUAACACAGGUGAUGCGGUUGUUCCAGAGACAACUCAAGACUUGAAGGAUGAAAAGAAGGAGGAGACGGAGACAGAAGUCAGAACAGUCAAGACUGCACCUGUAGAUUCAGAGAAGCAUGUCUGGGCAGAGGAAGUUGAGUGUAACUGGUCACAGGCAGUGGUACGAGACGAUCUGCUAUUGUUGAGAGAUUUCUUCAAGCAAGGCAUGCAGAUUUCUGUUGUAGAAGAAAUGACGUUAAGCUAUCCUGUGAUUCCAGAGGAAACCGAGGAAGUGGCUAGCACUAAGACAGAGGGAUACCCAGUUGAAACAUCAACACCAGUUGCUGGAAAGGCCAGCGCCAAAGACAAGAAAAAAGAAAAAGAGGAAAAGACAAAAGCUGGUGGUAAGGAUAAAGGCGGAAAUGAAAAAAAGAAGAAAAAGGGGGAACCAGAGCAAGAACUGAAAAAGAACCCGCCCACAUACACGACACUCGCAACAUGGCACGUGCCACUGGCUGAUUUUCUGGAAGGAGAGUUUGAGUUCCAGUCUGUUUUCACGCAAGGCGGGGUAGAGGUCGCAUCAACUGUACGGAGUAUGGAUACAGACUCCGCUAGAAAGGCAUUAAAAUCGCGAGGGUCAGGUAGAGGGUCUAGCCGAUUGUCCAGAAAAGAUGGUGUAGGGUCACGGAGGGCAUCGCGCUCGUCUAGAUCAGGCCUGGAUGAUGGAAAGAAAGGAGAUUCAAAAGAUAAAGGAAAGAAGCCACCUUCAGCUGGUAAAAAGAAGGACGAGAGUAAGGAUAAAAGCAAGGACCGAAAAUCAAGUGCUGGCAAGGGUGGCAAAGAUGGAAAAGGGGACAAGGGUAAAGGUGGGAAAGCGGUGCCAGCAGCACCUGCAGAUGAUGAAGAGGAUCCAGGACCACCACCACCACUAGAGAUUCAUGUAGUUGUACAGUUACAUCACUGGAAAACAGCGAUGGAUCUGCUCAAAGACGAGGAGGCAAAGAAAAAGGAGGAAGAUAAUCAAACAGAAAUACAGUGAUAUAAACUAAUUGUUUGUUCUAAUUGUUAAAUGAUCUGUCUGGGUAAGAGGCCACUAAGACUUACCUGAGAUCUGUGUCCACUGAACAUUUCAUGUGAACUUUGUAUUGUUUAUUGUUAAAAUGCAAUAGUGAUUGUGUACAGUUAACUGUUUGCUGUUUUAUGUUCUUUUUAUAUUUUUUUGCAGUUGUUUACGGUAUAUCACACUUAUGAAAUCUAUCAUUUUCAUAAAUUUAUUGAUAUUUAUGCUACACAUUUAACCCGAAUAAAAAAUAUUAGAUAUUUUAAGGUCUCUUGAAGGACUGCUUCACAUUUACUGCCAAACUUUGAAAUAUUCCUCACAUUUUCAUUUUUUUUCAGAAUAUUUUAGCGAAAGUAAGAACUUACUCAGAUUACUGUACCUUAAUCGAUAAAGCACUGAAUUUAAAAAGAAAUGAUUGUUAUGCCCACACACAUUUAUGUGAAAAAGUUUCAUGUGCAGAUGACCAUAAAGGAAGGACAUUUUUUUUUCUUUACUGCAGUUAUGGUCCUUUGAUAGUUUUUGCUAUAUUGAGGAUUUCACAGUAUGUGGGGGCAUCAGAUUCUGUGUCCUGUGGACACAAUACUUGUUUUAUCAUCAGCUUCUACACUGUGAUUUGAAGUGUCUCCAGUUGGUGUGAUUAUAUGAACUUAAUUUUUUAUCUUCUGUAAUGGAAACCAUUUCGAACAUUUUUGAAAUUCUUUAUCUUAUUUGGAAAGUAUGCUUUAAUUUGAUUUGAAUGUUUUAUAUGUAUUCUUUGUAACAACUGUGAUAGUAGCAGAUUUAUUUUAAACAUUCUUUUUUUUAUAUAGAUUUAUUUACCAAAACAAUGCUACAUUGAACAGUUUGUGAACAGUAUUGUAAACCUCUUUUAUGAAAACCCUGUAAAGAUAUUCAUAUUUGUCUUUUCUGUUUUGUGAAAUAUUUUUAUACCCCCCACCCCCACACACACACAUUUAUGUGGGAGCAUAUAAUGUUGCUGAUAUCCGCAUGUCCGGAAAUCUUGUGUGUCCUCUCACACUAUUAGCCUGAUUUGCUUCAAACUUUCACAGAUGAACGGCCUUGAUGUGCAGAUAGCCAUAAAGGAAGGAGUAUUUUCUUUUGCUAUUUUGACUGCAGUUACAGCCCUUUCAUAGGUUUGCUAUAUAGAAUAUAAAGAAAAAUAUUGUGUCCAACUCCUCCCACACUAUUAGCCUGAUUUAUGUCAAACUUUCACUUGUGCAGAUGGCCAUAAAGGAAGGAUUUUUUUUCUGUGUUGAUUUUUACCACAGUUAUGGCCCAUUGAUAGGUUUUAUUCUAUGGAAUAUAGAGAAAAUUAUUGUGUGUCCAACUCCUCCCACACUUUUAGCCUGAUUUGCUUCAGAUUUUCACAGAUGAACAAGCUUGAUGUGCAGAUGACCAUAAAGGAAGAUUUUUUCAGUGAAUAUUUUUACUGCAGUUAUCGCCCUUUGAUUGUUUUUGCUACAUAGAGGAUGGCACAGUACGCGGGGAGGGGGAGGAUGGAGGAGGCAAUGCAUGUCAUAUGGACACAAUUUUAGUUUAUUUAAGUCAUUACGUCCAUUAAAAAGUACUUGUAUGUAAAUGAAAAAAGGGAAUUAAAAUGUAAAUUUUAUCUUUUUUUUUUUUUACAAAAAUAUUUCGCAUUAAAAUAUAUAUUAUAUCUGUUUGAUUACUGUUUAAACCAUCCAGUGUUAGUCAUUUUCCUUGAAGAAAAAAAACAAGCUUUAUCUUUUUCCAAUUUUUCAAACUAGUUCAUAGUUCAGUAAUUGUACAAGACUUUCUAUCUGAACUGUUUCAUUUUUAACCUUUAUCCUGCUGGCGUCAAGUGGUUUUGCCUUUGCAACCAGUGCAUACCAAGAUCAGUCUACAAGUCCGUGCAGUCUGAUCAUGGUCUGCACUGGUUGCUAUAUUCAGUCAGAAAAUUUUCAGUGAACACCUCUUUAAAUAAGAUGUGGUACUGCCAAAAUUGAUUGACUGACCAGUCCAUUUUUAGAAAAGCAGGGUAAAGGUUAAGUGUUAUUUAUUCUGUUUGCCAAAUGAACUCCUCAUUCAGCAUUGGAUAUGUGUACAUAUCCAGUUUCCGUUUGUUAUUGCAUGUGACUGUGAUAUUUUAUCUGUUUUAUAUAGAAUGUAUACAUGUUUAUUUUACAAAUUAAUAAACUUAUUUUAAAAAUUAAA